UCAAAAUCCAAAUUCCCCUGAAGACGAAUAAUUCAAGAUGCCUGCUUAUCGCAACAAGCAAGGACCGAACAAGGGGAAGCGCUUCCAAGGAAAGGGAUGGCGGGACCCUUACGGUGGAAGCCUCUAUUUCCAACUCAAGCGGGACAGCUUCUCACGGUGUCACGAAGUAUCGCCGCGGCAAACCAUGGACGGUCUCAUUGAUGAUCUUAUCCGCGAUGUACAAAGCGACUAUCCUGAAUUAUAUGAGGGCUUAGAGUUUGCGUUCUUCCUGAGGAAACAUCCGCUUGAGCGGUCUUACGAGCGAGCCUUUAACGUCUUCGAUGGCGGUGAGACGGUCUAUGUCAAGAUUGUGGAUUACGAGGGGACGGAAUACGUGAAGGAUUACACGCCUGGUGGAGGCCGGUGGCAGGUGAAGAAAAGAGGCAUGAAACCAAAGGUUGAGGACGUCGUUGCAUCACAUGGCAUUGCGGAGGCAUAUCGGUUGGGGCUCUUGCAAUGAAUAAACAUAGCGAUUGUUGUUGAUAUUAUGUCAUCCUGGAAGUAUUAUUCUCGGCUGGGGAAGAGACUUGGUUCUGGAUUGCCGAACCUAUCUGUAUUGCUCUAUUGGUGACCGAAUAUUGUUCAUGGAAGGUCAUUGAUUGAAUAUCACGUGCGUUCUUCCCAUUGAGCCCAGCUUUGGCUCAACGAAACCUCAUGCCUGAAAGCUCCUUUUAUUCUAUUCGGAGUAUGUUACGUGGGCGAGAAGUUG